AUGUUGAAGAAGAGGAAUGUGUCUGGAUCGUUUGCUUGGUAAAAGAUACUAUAUUUACAGGAGAUACAUUCUUGGCUAACUCUAGUUGUUGGGCAGCACCUCAGUGGUUGGCUCCAGCAGAAUAUUCAAAUUGUUCUAUUCAAGUUAUAGAAUCUUGGGUUCUAUCACCUUAG